UCCCCACUUCGGAGACGCUCUGGUGCCUGACAUGAGGCCCCGAAUGCUGCCGGUGGUGUUUGGAGAGAGGAUCGAGGUGGACCCGGAACCCGCUCACGAGAUCCGCUGCAACUCUGAGGUCAAGUACGCGUCGGAGAGGCGCUUCCGGGACAAGGUGUUCUACGCGCCAGUGCCGACGGUCACGGCCUACAGCGAGACCAUCGUGGCGGCGCCCAACUGCACGUGGCGCAGCUUCCGCAGUCAGCUGACCCUGGAGCCGCGGCCGCGCGCGCUGCUGUUCCGCAGUUUGUGGCCCUCUGACCCGCCGGCAAGGCUGUCCUGCGCGGCCACCGUGUACGCGUAG